AAACAUGUGUUUUCGGAUAUAGGUAUAUACUAACAUUCCUUCGACCGCAGUUCAUUCCGUAUGUAGCGGUGGAACUCUACUGACAGUUUAAACAAAUUAAGUUGGACUUAAAGAUCACAGUUUCAUUUGUUAAUCAUUUAUAUACUGACUGAAAUAUUUAGGGAAUUUAUAAUAUAAUCAGCGAAAUAUUUGUAGUACGUACUGACAAAACCGCUGAGUUACCAGAUAUGGGCGAGGUUGGAAAGGACGUUUUCUAUGACAAUAGCAAAGGACAAGUGAGGAACUGCUCGGAUAUAUGUGAUCAACCAACUACGAAUGUUAAAGCUUGUAGAUAUUACUGUCCAGAUUAUGCACCCAGUACGCCAAGUACGACUGUAUCCGCACUUUCUACAACAUCCAUCGAAUAUGACUCCAUAUCCACUUAUAUAAACAAAGAUUUCGUCAUUCUUGGCACAGUCCUAGCUGUAGUCUUUAUUGGCGCCUUCGUUCUGUUGGGUUGUAUGUUAAAACGCCCACGAAUCGUCCGCUUCAUCAAAAAUUCGAAGUUGUACAUGGUGAUAUUUCCACCCAGACGAGGUAUUCCAGCCACCAUAGACGAGCAAACUGGGCUACACCUUCAUGGGGACACCUGUGUGUUGAAUUUGCAAAACGAGACUGCUCGUUUCAGUCGUGGGCAGCCCGAGCCAGCGGCGAUACCUUCCGGCGGCGCCUUUGAAUCAAAUCCCACCGCCAAUGAACUCUUACUUCCGAAUGAUAGCCACGAGACGGACGACAGACGAGAUUUCCGAGAUGGUCAUACUUCAGACAGGCCAUCAGUUGGUUUCACCAACGAUCACUUUUCAACCGAUCUAAAACGUCCCGUUACACACGCCAGCACCCUGGCAGAAGACGGUAACACACAGCCAAAUGAUGAAGCCGUGGCUUUACUGGUUCAGUCACAAGAAGACGGGUUAGCUGCAAAUGAAAAAAGAAGCGUCAACAACCAAAUGAUACGCAGAAAAAAGGAUAUGAAGUUAGGGUGUACCAAACCUCUGCCUAGUGAACCUUUACCUAGUGAACAAAUGUGCAACCAGGGCCGAGCAAAAGUGGUCGCGGACAACGGACAACUUGAACAAACUGCCAACGCAACCAAAGACGAAGCAACAUUGAUUCUUGAGACAAAGACCGAGGAGAACCAGCAUGGCUUAAACCAAAGCAUGGACUUAAUACCACAAAGCAUGUGCCCUGUACCACGCAUAGAUACUAAUGGGACAAGUCACCCUGCCCAAACAACAGGGUUAGUUCAAUCUGCAUUGAACGAGGAGUUCAGACGAAGAGAUCCUAAUAUCCCUUUAGUCGCCAACAGAAACGGUGUUGCUCAAGAUACAGAAGAUGACGUUAAACGAACUGAAAAUGCUCUUAAUGAACAAGUCCCGUUUCCAAAUAUAACGCAUUGAGUUUUCGUUAGCUCCCAUUGUAUGUUUUGUUUGUUAUUGUAAUCUGUUAAAAUGUAGCUGUUAUUAAUAUUUUGUAUAUACUUGCUCACUUAAAUGUACGUUAUGAUUCCAUGUAAAUGUUCCAUACCUCCUGACUUUGGUACUGUAGCAAUAGCUCAGUAGUUAAGGAAUAUAUAUGUUAUAACUGUCUGUGAUUAAUUUUAUAUAAAGUAAAUGCAAUUUAAAAUAACAAAUAUGUUCCUAUUCCUUAUUGGGCAUUCAUAGACCAUAGGGCUUUCAUUAAACCGUUGUAAUACUGCUGUACAUUAAUGUUUUGGAAAUAAACAGUGAUAAAAUGAU